GUUCAUGAAGCCAAGCCCAAGAAUCAAAACGCACAGUAGCAUUCAUUGCCGUUUUCCAUCUAUCGCGGCAACACGGUGAUAUCUCUACGUGUUAACCAUGAUCAUCACAAGAAAGGCCCUUAUGUAAUCAAUGUUAGAAAAUCACAACCGUUCAUUUUGCAUAAUCCAGGUCCAGGGAGUAGGGAAUUCCAUAGUCCAUUCCCCACAUUCUCAAUUCAUUUUCUUCUCCGUUUGCCUAUCUCGAUUUCGCUGAAUCGCGGACUCGGAAAAGCUAAUCCGUGACAUUUCGCGCUAUGGCACCCAUUAGGGGCAUUCUUUCCUUGCAAAGAGCUGCUAUGAUUCGGCGUCAUAGUGAUAGGCUGGACAUAGGAUUUAGAUCAUUGAGCACCCAAGCUGCAACAAAUGCUGGCAGUCCACAGCCUCCCCCACCUCCCCCACCUCCGGAGAAAACCCAUUUUGGUGGCUUGAAAGACGAGGAUAGGAUUUUUACCAACUUGUAUGGGUUGCAUGACCCUUUUCUCAAAGGUGCCAUGAAACGGGGUGACUGGUAUAGAACAAAGGACUUGGUACUUAAGGGCACUGAUUGGAUUGUUAAUGAAGUCAAGAAAUCUGGCCUCCGUGGACGUGGUGGUGCUGGUUUCCCCUCUGGUCUCAAAUGGUCAUUUAUGCCAAAAGUAUCUGAUGGCCGCCCUUCCUAUCUUGUGGUCAAUGCUGAUGAAAGUGAACCUGGAACUUGUAAAGACAGGGAAAUUAUGCGCCAUGAUCCACACAAGCUGUUAGAGGGCUGCUUAAUUGCUGGUGUGGGAAUGAGAGCCAGUGCUGCUUAUAUCUACAUUAGGGGUGAAUAUGUUAAUGAACGUAGGAACCUGGAAAGAGCAAGAAAAGAAGCUUAUGAAGCCGGGUUGUUAGGAAAGAAUGCAUGUGGAUCUGGAUAUGAUUUUGAUGUUCACAUCCACUAUGGUGCUGGUGCUUAUAUUUGUGGCGAAGAGACUGCUCUUUUGGAAAGUCUAGAAGGAAAACAAGGAAAACCAAGGCUGAAGCCUCCAUUCCCAGCUAAUGCAGGGUUGUAUGGCUGUCCCACUACUGUCACAAAUGUGGAAACAGUGGCUGUUUCUCCCACCAUUUUGAGGCGUGGGCCAGAAUGGUUUGCUAGUUUUGGCAGGAAGAACAAUUCUGGGACAAAAUUGUUUUGUGUCUCAGGUCAUGUGAAUAAGCCUUGCACAGUUGAAGAGGAGAUGAGCAUACCUCUGAAAGAGUUAAUAGAUAGGCACUGUGGAGGUGUUCGGGGUGGAUGGGACAAUCUACUUGCAGUAAUACCAGGGGGUUCUUCUGUCCCAUUACUUCCCAAGCACAUAUGUGACGAUGUGCUAAUGGAUUACGAUGCUCUCAAGGCUGUCCAGUCAGGACUGGGGACUGCAGCUGUGAUUGUGAUGGAUAAAUCUACUGAUGUUGUGGAUGCAAUUGCAAGGCUGUCUUACUUCUACAAGCAUGAGAGUUGUGGCCAGUGCACACCAUGCCGGGAGGGUACUGGGUGGCUUUGGAUGAUCAUGGAAAGAUUGAAAGUUGGAAAUGCAAAGCUGGAAGAGAUAGAUAUGCUUCAAGAGGUCACAAAGCAGAUUGAAGGACAUACUAUCUGUGCGUUGGGUGAUGCUGCAGCUUGGCCGGUGCAGGGACUCAUAAGGCAUUUUAGGCCAGAACUUGAAAGAAGGAUUAAGGAGCGUGCGGAGAGGGAGUUGUUGGAGGCUGCUGCAUAAGAUUUUCUAUACAGGAUCAGUACUGCCUUGUAAAAUGCCUCGUGUUAAUCUGUUUAGCAAGAAUAUUAGGUGACCAUCUUUCCAGCAUUGAAGAAGAAAGAGAAACAGGGAUACUGUGUGGUCUAGGCUUUAAUUAAAGUGCCUUAAUUGUUAUACCAUGGACCCUUGUCAAUUUUCCUUUUAGUGGGACGUGGUAACGGUGGGAGCAACUACCUUCUUACACAAUCUACUUUAGAUUUGUCUUUUGUUUAGUAGAGAUUAACGAGAUGCUUAUUUUCAAUCAAUGUAGUGGCUCCUUUGUAGAUUAAGCUCUUUUUUCAUUGUGGUGAAGGAUGGUAGUUGUAUAAGCCUCUAAAUAAUUUUUAAAAAAAUUGAAUGCUACCCC